UCAGGCCUGCUGUGUAACGUGCACAGGACCACAGGCAGGGAGCCCCACCCAUUGGUCGGCGCGACCACAACCAUCGUGGGCGACAAGCUUUACGUCUUUGGUGGCAGGAUAUUAUCGCGCAGCCGACCUACCCCGCUGACCUCGGACCUUUACGAACUGGACCUGAUCAGGCGACAUUGGACGAAACUGCAGGCCACGGGCGAUAUCCCACCGCCAAGAUACUUCCACUCCAUGUGCGCGCUGGGCGACACCAAGAUGGUCUGCUACGGCGGCAUGUCUCCUGCGCAGAAUUCCGCUGGUGCGGUGGAUGGUCAGGGCGACGUCACCGUGAUGUCUGACAUCUACAUCUUCGAUGCGCCGACGAGGAAAUGGACUUAUAUCCCGACCUCGGAUGCGCCGCAGGGUCGUUAUGCGCACUGUGCCUGCAUCCUGCCGUCCUCGGCUACCUUCUCGUCGCACAAGGCCCCAUUGUCGGCCUUGCAACACAAUCCGGCUACCGGCGCCAACGAGGGCCGUAUAGGCAUCAACAUCGAUGGCACAGGUGGCGCAGAGAUGAUCGUAGUAGGAGGUCAGGACGGCGCCAACCACUACAUUGAACAGAUCAGCGUCUUCAACCUUCGGUCGCUGAAAUGGACAUCGACACAACCCCUGGGCAAGUCCUGCGGUGCAUAUAGGAGUGUAGUCGCACCGCUGCCUCCGCUUGUGACUGCCAAGAUCGGCAAGGCAAACGCGAAUGGAACAGCACAGCGCCUAGAGGGAGGCAUCAGCCAGGAGGCCAGGGAGCCUGGGUCCUCCAUGCUGAUCUAUUCCAACUACAACUUUCUUGACGUGAAGCUGGAGCUGCAGAUCCGGUCGAGCGACGGGGUGUUGAACGAGAAGCCCAUGUCCAACACCUACUCGCCUCCCGGUCUCAGGUUCCCCAACGGCGGCGUCAUCGACACGUAUUUUGUCGUCAGCGGUACCUACCUGACUUCAUCGAAACAAGAAUACGCCCUCUGGGCGCUGGAUCUGCGCACCCUGCAGUGGAUGAGGAUCGACGCCGGCGGCAGCGUCUUUAGAGACGGCAGCUGGAACCGCGGCGUCCUGUGGAGUCGACGCAAUACCUUUGUCAUCCUGGGCCACCGGAGACGCAGCUUGGUGGACGACUACAACCACCGCCGCAUCAACUUCACUAAUGUCUGUAUGGUCGAGCUGGAGGCGUUCGGGUUCUACGACAACCCGCGCAAGGUCAGCCCCAUGUCCGGGUUCAUCUCCGCAAGCAGCCCCUACAAUGGUCCCGGUCUCAGCCUGGCUCGCAAGGCCGGCGCAACAGCUGGCGGGCGCUUCCAUUCUCGAGCAAGCGAGGAGCUCGGCGAGAAAGCGCUGAACAUGCGCGAGCUGGCAGAUAUGGAUAUCCUCUGCAUCGGUGGCGAGAGGAUACCCAUCAACUCGAGGAUCAUAGGACGAAGGUGGGGGCCGUACUUUGUCCAGCUGCUGCGUGAGGGUACAGCUAUGCAGGACGGCAGCGAUGCCAUGACGUUGAGGUCGCUGGGUGGGGCUGGGCCGGGCGGCGUGAGGAGCUCCAUGCUGACCAUCACGCCCGCCACGAGGACUGGGACCAGGGAUAGCGACAUGUCAACGGCGACCACACUGGCUGGCUCGGGCGGCGGCGGAAGCUUCACAACCCCAGGGACUGCCACGUCUGGGCCCUCAAGCCAGGAACAGACGAAUCCCAAUGCCGCACCCACGCCGCGUAGCCUCGCGCCGAACUCGCGGCCCCGAUGUCUUUACCUCCCACACACAUACCUCACGGUCCAGGCACUCCUUCACUACCUCUACACCAGCAGCCUCCCUGCUCCGAGCUCACCGCUAUGCACACCUCAAAUUCUCUGCUCGUUGCUGCAGAUCGCCCGGCCAUACCGGAUCGAUGGCCUGCUAGAAGCCAUCGUUGAGAGACUUCAUACGCUUUUCGAGAACCGCAACGCAGCCGCCAUCUUCAAUGCCACCGCUAUGGCGGCAGGAGGCGGUCGCGGCAUAGACGGCACGCUGAACCCCAACUACUUCAUGCUGGGCGGUCUCGACGGCACGACCGGCGAGCCAUCGCUCAGGCCGCAGAAUGGCACCUCGACGACCGACGAGCUGUAUGCCAACGGUGGCAACAACAGGAAUACGGCUAUGCUGCGCAUCAACACGGCCGUGCCUGGUCAGACAAGCAGGCCACCGAGCGAUGAGAUGUCGGCAACAACGAGCGUCAGCGGUAGCGAGUGGAGUACCAGCGAACUGGGUGACUCAGAGAGAGGCGUCCGGCGCGAAGUCUGGAGUGGCGAGUUCAGCAGCGUCAUCGGGCUGCAGAAGCGGGGACUCAGAGGCCUGAUGGAGGGGCGCAAGCUGCGAGAGCGCACC